AUGGGGGAGAAGCCAGGAGACUUGAUUUCAGAUCUACAGAGUCUGGAGGAAACUGAAGACACUCGGCAGAAUAUCGCCUAUCCAGUGAAGAUUGUCAAAGUUGGUGACACGAACCUCCAGGAGCCUCCAGGAGCCUCCAGGGCCGAGGGAGAGGCCAGCUGCUUCCACCCCCACGCCAAGCACUUCGGCACGGGCCAAAUCACGCGCCAGCCUCCCAUCCAUACGUGCUCAUUAGGGCUGCCUCCAGAUAAGGAAGGAGGUCUGCCCAAACAAGUGGGGAAUAAGACAGAGUGUGGUCUGCUGGGACUGGUGCUGGACCUAAAGCGAGACUAUCAGCCAAUCCGGAACCAGAUUCCUGAGGAGAAACUCUACAAGGUCUACACCUUCAACUCGGUUCGGAAGUCCAUGAGCACCGUGAUCAAACUGUCCGACGGGAGCUUCCGGAUGUACAGCAAGGGCGCCUCCGAGAUCGUCCUCAAGAAAUGUAACCACAUCCUAAAUGAGGCCGGCGAGCCGCGGGUCUUCCGUCCGAGGGACAAAGACGAGAUGGUGAAGAAGGUGAUCGAGCCCAUGGCGUGUGACGGGCUGCGGACCAUCUGUGUGGCGUACCGAGACUUCCCUGGAUCUCCGGAACCCAACUGGGAUGACGAGAACAACAUCCUGAACGACCUGGUGGCCAUCUGUGUGGUCGGCAUCGAAGACCCGGUCCGACCCGAGGUUCCGGAUGCGAUCCAGAAGUGCCAGCGCGCCGGAAUCACGGUGCGGAUGGUGACCGGAGACAACAUCAACACGGCACGCGCCAUCGCCAUCAAGUGUGGCAUCAUCCACCCGGGAGAGGACUUCCUCUGCAUCGACGGGAAAGAGUUCAACCGUAGGAUCCGCAACGAGAAGGGAGAGGUCGAACAGGAGAGGAUGGACAAAGUUUGGCCCAAAUUGAGAGUUCUGGCCCGUUCCUCUCCGACAGACAAACAUACACUGGUGAAAGGUAUCAUUGACAGCACCAUGGUAGCACAGCGGCAGGUGGUUGCGGUCACCGGGGACGGCACCAACGACGGGCCGGCGCUGAAGAAGGCGGACGUGGGGUUCGCGAUGGGCAUUGCUGGGACAGACGUGGCCAAAGAGGCGUCGGACAUCAUCCUGACAGACGAUAACUUCAGCAGCAUCGUGAAGGCCGUGAUGUGGGGGAGGAACGUGUACGACUCCAUCUCCAAGUUCCUCCAGUUCCAGCUCACGGUCAACGUAGUGGCGGUGAUUGUGGCCUUCACUGGAGCUUGCAUCACUCAGGACUCGCCGCUGAAGGCCGUGCAGAUGCUGUGGGUGAACCUCAUCAUGGACACCUUUGCGUCUCUGGCUCUGGCCACUGAACCUCCCACCGAGUCUCUGCUCAAGAGGAAACCGUACGGACGCAACAAGCCGCUCAUCUCCUCCACCAUGACCAAGAACAUCCUGGGGCACGGCGUCUACCAGCUCAUCAUCAUCUUCUCUCUGCUGUUUGUGGGGGAGCAGAUCUUUGACAUUGACAGCGGCCGUAACGCUCCCCUGCACUCGCCGCCGUCAGAACACUACACCAUCAUCUUCAACACCUUCGUCAUGAUGCAGCUGUUCAACGAGAUCAACGCCAGAAAGAUCCACGGGGAGAGGAACGUGUUCGACGGCAUCUUCAGGAACCCCAUCUUCUGCUCCAUCGUCUUCGGGACAUUCGCUGUUCAGAUCGUGAUCGUCCAGUUCGGGGGGAAGCCGUUCAGCUGUCAGCCUCUGGACCUGGAGAAGUGGAUGUGGUGUGUGUUCCUGGGCCUCGGCGAGCUCGUCUGGGGACAGGUCAUCGCCUCCAUCCCCAACAGUAAGCUGCGGUUCCUGCGGCGGGCGGGCGCUCUGACACGGAAGGACGAGAUGCCGGAGGAGGACGCCAACGAGGACAACGAGGAGAUCGACCAUGCGGAGCGAGAGCUGAGGAGGGGCCAGAUCCUGUGGUUCAGAGGUCUCAACCGCAUCCAGACUCAGAUCGAAGUAGUCAACACCUUCAAGAGCGGCACCUCCUUUCAGGGCGCGGGAGCUCUGAGGCGCCAGUCGUCCACCACCAGCCAGACGCAGGAUGAGCGCAGGGAGGGUGAUUCCCACGGCGUGACAUUUCAGAUCCGCGUUGUGAAUGCGUUUCGUAGCUCUCUGUACGAAGGCCUGGAAAAACCCGACUCGCGCUCAUCCAUCCACAACUUCAUGACGCACCCCGAGUUCCGGAUCGACGACUCCACCCCCAGCAUCCCGCUCAUCGACGAGACGGAGGACGAGAUGGCGAGGCGGAGGCGGAAGUUCCAGAAUCAGCCGCCGUCUCCCAACAAAAACAACAACGCCAUAGACAGCGGCAUCAACCUCACCAUCGACACCAGUAGAUCCGCCGCCUCCUCCACCCCCGCCUCCCCGCUUCACAGCUUGGAAACCAGUCUCUAA